GCCGAGCAGGAGAGGAAGGUGCUGGAUAGAAGAUAGGAGCUUUGUGUGUGUGUUUGGAGGAGGAGUGUGACUGUGUAAUUACGUGGCUGAGAGAGAGAGAGCGAGCGCGCGCGCGAGAGAGAGACACACACACAGAGAGAGAGAGAGAGAGAGAGAGCAAAAAAGAAGAGAGGAAAAGUUGAGUCUGAUUUGCUGAAAUCGCGCAGGAGCGAAGGUGAACCGGACGAUUUCCAUAUCAAGUUUGGCGAGAGCAGCGGUGAACAUCACACGCUCGGCACCACCAUGCUCUCUUGAACCAGAUACCGCUGCAGCGACACGGGCAAAGAGCCGCGCACAUCAGAGGAGAACGCACAGACUGCGUGCCAACUUUAAAAGAAAAAGAAAUUACAAAUUAUAAUCUCCUGCGUAAAAAAUAUUUUUUUUUUCUCUCAGCGGAGCUGACAAUCUUUGGAUCGCAAACAUUCACGGAUGCCCUUUGGAUAAUAAUUAUCCCUUUUUGGCUUUUACGCGGAUAGCUGCUCCACACUCUCUUACAUCGGUCCAGGAAUGGCGCGAUAAAGUGAUCAGAGGAAUCAUUCCAAGCGCAGUCACUUUGUGUGUAGCCGUCUCACCAUGUACUCUCCAAUUUGUCUUACUCAGGAUGAAUUUCAUCCCUUCAUUGAGGCACUUCUCCCUCACGUCCGUGCCAUUGCCUACACGUGGUUCAACCUCCAGGCCAGAAAACGCAAGUACUUCAAAAAGCACGAGAAGCGGAUGUCCAAGGACGAGGAGCGCGCGGUGAAGGACGAGCUUCUGAGCGAGAAGCCCGAGGUGAAGCAGAAGUGGGCGUCCAGGCUGCUGGCCAAGCUGCGUAAGGACAUUCGGCAGGAGUACCGGGAGGACUUUGUCCUCAGCGUGACAGGCAAGAAGCACGCGUGCUGUGUGCUGUCCAACCCGGACCAGAAGGGCAAGAUGCGCCGGAUUGACUGUUUGCGGCAGGCCGACAAAGUUUGGCGCCUGGACCUGGUGAUGGUCAUCCUCUUCAAAGGCAUCCCUCUGGAAAGUACAGAUGGCGAGCGCCUCGUCAAGUCUCCACAUUGCACCAACCCAGCACUUUGUGUCCAGCCGCACCACAUAACAGUAUCGGUCAAGGAGCUGGACUUGUUUCUAGCGUACUAUGUCCAGGACGACUCACAGCAGUCAGGAAGUCCCAGUAACAAUGAGCCAGGCAAGAACCCUCUUCCAGUCUACUUGGAAGACAGCUUCAUCAAAUCAGGAGUCUUCAGUGUUUCAGAACUGGUGCGAGUGUCCAGAACGCCCAUCACCCACGGUGCAGCGGUAAACUUCUCCAUGGCUGACAUGCCCAGCCAACCCUACUACCAUGACCUGAACUCCAGCGUGGGGCUGCAUCGCUCGCUCUCCUCCCCUCCCGGCAGCAAAAGGCCCAAAACUGUCAACAUGGAGGAGAACAUGGACACGAGCCCAACAGGACCUGACUUCUACUCAUCACCCAGCUCACCCGCCAGCAGUCGGGCAAACUGGCACGACAGAGACGGAGCAGACAUGUCCUCUCCCACCAUGAAGAAGCCAGACAAGCCGCUGUUCAGCCCCACUUCUCCGCAGGACUCCUCGCCACGACUCAGCACUUUCUCUCAGCCUCAUCACCCAGGCCUAACAGGUGUAGGACACAGUGUUAUAUCGACGAGGAGCCCCCCUCCACACUCGCCCCUGCAGUUCUCGGCUUCGUCUAUCCUGCCCCCGGCGCCGUCGCCCUACUUCUCGCACACCACCAUCCGCUACCCGCCCCACCUCAACCCUGCUGAUUCCCUCAAGAGCUACGUGCCGUCAUACGACCCGUCCAGCCCGCAGAGCAGCCAGCCUAACAGCAGUGGUCAGGUGGUAGGAAAGGUUCCAGGCCACUUCACGCCAGUCUUGGCUCCCUCCCCACAUCACAGCGCUGUGCGACCCGUCUCGCUCUCCAUGCCCGACACCAAGCCAAUCACCACAUCCACAGAAGGCUACUCAGCCCCUGGCACCCCGACGGCUAAUCGUUUUGUAGGCCUGAGCCCCAGAGAUCCCACCUUCCUCCACCAGCAACAGCUGAGGAAGUGUGACUGGAGCGUGACUCAAAACGGCAGACAUUAUGGCCCCAGUGCCACUGACGACACUUUGGGGAUUGCUUGGCAAAGUCCUGGUACCUGGGCGAGCUUAGUUCCAUUCCAAGUGUCGAACGGGACUCCGAUUCUGCCAACAAAUGUCCACCAGAACUACAGCAUAAACAUCAUUGGUGAGCCCCUGGUCCCCGCCGAGACAGGGAACUGAACACGCGGAGGCCGGACGACCCGGGUGUUUUGGCGGUGCUGAGAUGGCGCCACAGGAGUCCGCAGUGGCCGCGGGCGAAACCAGCAGCAGCAGCAGCAUGAGCUGCACACGUUUGACCCCCCCCCCCAGAUCUCACCCCUUCCCUUCUUCCACCCCGAUCCUAUCACCGAUUCCUCUCCCUCCUCCAUGAUGGACCCUGUCCGCGAAGUGAAGAUGAAGGUCGGUUGGUUCAGAGGACAGAAAUGUAGGGAGAAAAAAAAAAAACGCCUAGACCAUCCCACACACCUGCCACCACCCAUCACCCACCAGUCAGUUGUUGUGUUUGCAGAACUUUUCAGUUCCUUCAAAUACUGUGAUGUAUAGAUGCCUUAACAUUUGAUUGCAUGACACUCUAGUCUCUUAACGGCGAUUCCUGCUCUUUUUUUUUCACGCGCGGGGGGGUUAGGGGCGUAUGACGAUGUAAAAUCUUGACACACACACACAUAAGUGAAUCGGUCUGUGUUAAAAACAACCUCUGCCUGGUGGAUGCUCUGAGACUCUAAGCUCUUUAAAUUCAAACCUCUUAAAAAGAGGCUUUUUCCCCACUGUGUGCACCAUAGGAACAAAACAAAACAAACAAAAAAAAAUUGAAUAGAAUAGAAUUCAGAGUGUUUUAUUCUUCCGUUUUUUUUUUUUAUGAGUUCAGUUUACUGUGACAUGACUCUUUGUUCAGAAAAAAAAAAAAAAUGUGUUGACUUUGUUUAUUCUGUGUCGCUACUUACUUCCAAGAAUUUAUGUGAACACUCACAGCGAGAGUUGAAAACUCCUAGUGCGGUUUUUUUAAGAAAACACUAAAUUGAGAUCGGACCCCUCGUUAAAGAAUUUGCAUCUCCUUUACAAAAGGACUCAAAAGAGAGAGAGAGAGAGAAAGAGAGACAGAGAAUAUCUCCAUAGAGGCAAGUGCAAUUGAAUUUUUGAAGGGAAGCUAUCAGUCUGUCGGCCCUUAGACUCUAAAGGAAGGGGGAUAAAUAUAAAAUGGUUUUUAUGGGUAUAAUGUUUUAGAAAACAUCUUGAAUUUGAUUUCAGUCACAUGACCGUCUCCUCAUGAGAAAAAAAAAAAAGAAGAAGCAUGAAAAACAUUUGAAGGCAAGCACUGAGCUGCAGCGCUGAGCAAACCCAGCACUUCUUUCAGAGGUUUUUUUUAAUUUAUUUUAUGGGGGAAAAUAAUAAAUGAACAUAAGUAAUUAAACGCACCUAGUGUGUAAAAAAAAAAGAAAAUGGCAUUUCUAUUUUAUUUUUUAAAGUGUUCAUGAUAAGAUCAAGAGCAUAUGCAUUUGGCCAUCAGCUUCUAAAGCUUAUGUUUACAGGGGGGAGGGGUAAAAAAUGGAAAUGCAAAGUGUUAAUUCAUGGUAAAUGUACAUUCGGCUUAAAGCUGCAGCUUUUUGAACCCAAGUGGUGGCAGAUCCCUGAAAUCUAGAAUUGUGCACGGCAUUGCCUCUCCAGUCCAGACAUAUUUAUAUAUAAGGAAAAAAAAAACAAUUUCUCAAGUUAAUUUGCACGAUGACAUAUAGUCCACAUUACGUGCCUUGCCUUUGAAUAUAGAGACGUCACUACACUUGUUUUUUGCUGCAUUUAUCAUUAUAGAGAGAGAGAGAGAGAAAAAAAAGAAUUAACAUUUUUAUGAAUAAGAAUUGUUUUGUACUCUGAAUGAAAACUGUUGAUUUUUAACUUCAUGUACUACUCUAUCUCACAGUUACAUACGCAUAUCAAGGCUGUGUAUAGUUGCCGUUUGAAAGUUUGUAAUCAACCAGCAUUUUUUUCUUCCUUCAGUAUUUUUUGGUGGUUUUUCAAAUAACCUGUCAUCUUUUUUUUGUCGUUGUUUUCCUUACUUUUCAAUGCUCAUUUUGUUCAUCUUCCAGUUACUAUUGAGGAGGGUGGAAAUUUCAGAAUUAUGAAAAUUAUGCAAUACCAAGUUUUGCCUAUGUAGGUAUAGUGCUUAUAUAGAUGCGUCAAUUAUUAGAGGCUAGUUUGGAAAUAGACAAUAUUGUAAUGCAUUUAUUUUGUUGAUAUCGUCGUCGUUGUUGUUGUUGUUGUUGUUGUUGUUGUUGAUGAUGAUGUUGUUGUUGUUGUGGGUGUUCUACUUUUUUUUUAUUGACCAAAGUGGGGACUGCUUUCUAUGCAGUGUAUGACAAGGUCUUUAUUUCUCCUUCCUCUCCCUCUUUUUGUUCACAUACGCUGUGUUUCCAUCAUGGUACGGUUCAAUUUGGUACCGUGCUGUACGGUUCGGGGAUGGAUAUGUAGAUGGGAUGUGGGCUGUGGGCCCCGAUGGCAACUUUGGCUGAAGUGCAACAGACCAUCAGUCAAAGUGGGAGACAAAGACAAAGACCAUCUUUGGUACACAUCACACAAGACACAGUAGGGCUUCAAAUAACGGCUAUUUUGAAUGCCGUCAUUGAUUAUUGAAACGAUUAGUCACACAAUUACUGAACGGCUAUUACAUUUUUUUGCCGACUAAUCGUCGAUCAAGCUCAGAAUGAGAAUACGUACCGCACUGUACCAAACCGAACCAUUCCACUUUACAGGCCAACCGAGUGAGACGUUUCCCAGAGUAUUUCGAAUUCGGAAAUUUGGGGGGGGGGGGGGUAUUUUUCUCUAUAGCUGUGGUCUUUCUUCAGCUGCAAAGUCACUGAUUGGUCGACUGUGACUCUCACUUUCAACUUCCCACUUGGGGUGCUAGCGUGUGACCUCGAAGGAGCUCUUUUCUUUUUUUUCUCCCUCCAGCGGAGAGACGGCUUGACUUGAGAGCGACAAUCAUUCGAACAAAUCGUUUUGCCUAGAAAGUAACCCUGUGUCGGCUCCCUCAGAGCCUCAGCUGUGUACGGACAACAUGUCGCGCACUUGUCUCAGACCCUACGCCUAUCUGCGUGCUACUCUUGACGUCAUCGAAUGCAAUCCCCAAGUAGAUGCCUUAAACACAUCAGUGAAGUGGCCUGUAACCUGCGCAACAAUCACACACCGACUAAUGCUCGUGAGCCCUGUCCAAAUCAGCUCCAGACAGGCUCAAGCAAGCCUUUAGAAAGUAUUUUAUAAGUAGCAGAUUUGUACAAAUGUAUAUAUGACAUACACUUAUGUCAACUCCUGAGAUACUUCCCUCCCAGCAGAGCGCCCCCCCCCCCCCUAGAGUAUGCUGAAGUAAAUAUUAGACCAUGAGAAGCAUGGUGUUUUCUCGCUUCAUCGUCUAAAUAGAAGGAAAAAAUAUAUAGCACUUAAAUAGCACAUAGGCAAUCGUCUUUGUCCCCCACUCUAGUCUCAAAUUAAACCUCUCAGGCGUAUCACAGGGCAUUAUUUAUAUCAGACGUAGCAUUUUUAAUGUUUAAGAAGAAAAAAGAUGAGAGAGAAGAGCAGCGACUCCGGUGCUGCUACAACACCUUUUGCACUCUUUCCCCCACAAUCAAGAAAGAAAUGUUCCCUGCAAGCAGAAAAAAUUAUCCUCAAGUCAAGCUCAAUCUCUCCGUCUUCAUCCAGCACUCUUAUUUAGGAACAAAAUUUAAAGAAAGGAAAAAGUCACCCCGUUCUAUGUGCACUGUUCUGUCUUUUAUUUUUUGUUUUAUUCUUUUAAAAGAAAAACUAUAAUGCUUUGCAGCCUUUGGCCAUUGGAAACCCCACUGAAGUGCAUUGUCCCCAGUUAUGUGUGUGUGUGUGUGUGUGUGAGAGAGAGAGAGAGAUAGAGGUAGUGUCAGGGUCACUGUGCUGUAGGUGUUUAUUUGAAUAGAGGAGACUGCACUUAAAGGUAAAUAUCCUGUUUGUGAAUUCUGCGUUGGCAGCCGGAGCGUUUGUGUGUGAAUGUGUGUGUGUGUGUGUGUGUAUCGAGUGCCUCUGAUGCGACACAACAAGACAAGAUGAGGGUCUUUCUAGUCAAAAAAAAAGAGAAGAAGCCUGCCGUAAGACAGGAGUUUGUACACUGUAAACAUUGUCGAGAUUUCCGUCUCUGAGGCCCUUAUUUGUAAUGAAUCUUCAAUUCUGGGGGAAAAUGAGUCAGUUCCAUUUUAGGAAAAAAAGAAAUGUAACUUUAGUUGAUUAGAUUUGGAAGCUGGGUUUUAGUUAGAAGUCUCCAGGUGUCCCCAUUUAGUAGAAUCUAAAGUUGCUGUGUUCCUGUUUGUAACGUCAAGAUAAAUUAGGGAGGUGUUCUAUACAGAUCUUUAAAUAUAAACACAACAACAAUGAAGUUUUUUUUAUUGUACUUCAUAAGUAUUUGAAUUGUUGUGUGGCCAUUGUGAGUGUGAUGUGAUUUAUCUCUCUUUUUUUCUUGUUUUUUUUUUCUUUUUAAAUCAAGGGUAUGGGUAAUUCUUGUCCAACAAGAUGGUGGCGUGAGUGUGUUAUUCCUUGCAGUAGCUGGGAGGUGAUGUCACCGAACCAGGACUAGAAGCCCCCACUUUGCAUGUGACCUUAAGCGUGAAGCAGGGUAAAAAUCUGCAGUGGUAAAUCUAUCAGAUAGUUUUUUAAAUUUUUAAUUAUUAUUAUUAUUAUUAUUAUUGUUAUUAUUAUUUUUCUUGACAGAGGAAGUGUUUUGCGAGAAGACCGGUGCUACAUUUCACAAUUUUUCUGAUCCAGCUGUCUGAAAAAAACGAUUAGUGAAAGCAUCACGGCAUCACUCAUUUUGCACUUUCCACAUGCCUGAUGAAAUACAGUAUACACUACAAACAAAUAUUACUUUGCAAAGCAUAAUGUACCUUCCAGCUGAUUGUGUUGCUACGCAGGGUGUGAGUGUAACCUGUGAAAAAGAAAAAUUUAUGAAAUUGGAAUUAGUGUUCUGCCCAUCAGCAGCCCAGGCGGAUUUUGAGGCUCACGUUAACCCUAUUUUCUGAAAGUAUUAUAUCAUUGAUCACUGAGAAAACAGGACAACUUUAUGCAAGGAUGACCUUUGGCACUCAUGCAAUAUACCUGAAUCUCAAAAUUCUGUAUGAACCUAUAUGUAUAUAUAUAUAUAUAUAUAUAUAUAUAUAUAUACACAUUUAUGGUUACAUUACAUUAUAACUUAUCUUUCAUCCUACAUGAGCAAUACACUCACCUUCCAUACUUUGGCUAUAGCUGCUAGUCACUUGGCAUCAGGUCAUUAUGAAAACCAGCAUUUUUACGGGAUGUAACAUUCACCAAAAGACGACAGAGAGAUAGCAACGCAGUGCCUGUUCCCGCUGUCCAAGUGUCUGUUGUAUAUAAUUGUAAAAUGUGAUAGACUUACUUUCAUAUGUGAAGGGUGGUGGUGGGGGGAGGGGGGACAAAAAACUAAACAAAAACAGCAUCACACAGAACAGAUUGUGGCAAAACCCGUGGAGAAAUAUGCUCUUUAUUAACUACUUUGGUGUUUCUGUGAUUGUGAUUUGUUAAUUUCUCUAAUUAUGUCGACAUACAAUAGCCACAUCAGGCUUGUCAGAGUAUGACAGGAAGGGUUUGAUCAUCUUUUUUUUUUCCUGGGAGGUUUCAGUGCUACAAGAUGUGAAAAGAUGAAAUUCUCAAAAUAAGCUACCGGUUUUCUCUGCAGAGCUGAUUUGUUUUUUCUUAUUUUAGAAGGUGGGGGGUGGGGGGGGGGGGGGGGGUCUUGUGGCACUUUUACUUCCCUCUGUGCACACAUUUCUAUUCUAUGACUCAUGUAAGCGUUAAGACGUGAAGCGAACAACAACAACAACACCAACAAAACAAUAUGUAAACAGUCUCCAGUAGUGUUUGUAGUUACACUGCAAGCGUGUGCAAAGGUCUAUGUAUGUAUCUGAAUGUACGUUUUAGAGGACUUUUGGAAACCUUUAAUUUUUUUUCUUUUUGUUUUCAUUUACAGUUUUAGGAGUCACAGGUGUCCAUUAUGAACUGUAUAGCGAAAGACCUUGAUAUCCCUUCUUUUGUUGAUUUUUAGAAAACGCCGCGCAUUAGGCGUUAUAUGCCUUCAAGCUGGUUACAUUUGGUGCAGGGGCUAAAAUUGCCACAAGAUUAAAAUCAGUGUAAAUAAAGACUCAACUUUUUUUUUGUGAUUGUUACUGUUAUAUCCAGCCUAUACUGCUAGCAGCUGUUUUUACUGCAGUCAAUUACUGGAAGUGGAUAUAUUUCCUAUGCAAAACUGUUUAAACAAUAAAAUGAGCUAUGCUACAAAAAUGA